AUGUUCGCCUCCUCCUUUUUCCUGGCCUUCCUGGCCUCCUCCAUGGUCGCUGCCCAGUCCCCCAUCAGCGGCACUCUCACCUCGACUGUGUCCAUGACUCAGACCAUCACCAUCACCAAGUGCAACCCCACCGUGACCAACUGCCCGGCCAACAAGGUCUCUAGCACCAGCACCAGCAUCAGCACCACCAGCUCCAGCUCCAGCACAAGCACAAGCACCAGCUCCAGCUCGGUCUUCAGCACGACGGCCGCUCUCAACACCACCACCUACGCUCCCCCUACCUCUACUUACGUGCCAACCACAGUCGCCCUCAACACGACCUCGUCUGCUUGGUACCCGUGCUCCAACACGUCGACCAUCGCCUACGCCACCUCGUAUGCCAACAAGACCUCUCUGUACGGCACUGCCCCGAUCACCAAGGCUUCCACCAAGGUUUCCACUCUGGCUACCACUCUGGCUUCUAUUCCGGCUUCCACUCUGGACACGACCCCUGCUGCUGCUGUCGAAACGACUGCGACCAACGCUGUCCCUGUUGUUGUCGCUGCCAGCUCUGCUACUGCCGCAGCAGCAUCCGCUACCACAUCUUCGAUCACCUCUGGCGCACAGGGUCUGUUCGUCCAGAGCGGCCUGCUCAUGGGUGGUCUGGCUGCUGCCAUUGCUCUGCUGGCAUAA